AUGAAGCUUGAAAUAAUUGACGGAGGGGAAGAGUUGGAUGUGAUGGCACCACGUUGCUUUUGUGGGAAGAUAGCUUGCUUACAAACUUCGUGGACUGAGGCCAACCCACUUCGAAGAUUCCAUAGUAUGAAAAAAGGAUGUGGGUUUUUUGUUUGGGUGGAUGAUGAAUUUCCACCUAGAGAGAAGGCUCUGGUGAGUUGGCUACUUAGAAGAUUGAAGGAACUUGAAAAGGACGUUGGGCGUCGUCAAUCAAGAGAAAGAAAGUUAAUAGGUUGGAGGUUGGCAAUGGAGGAAUUAGACAUAUUUUAG